AUGUAAAAGGGAAGUGGACAGAGCACGGCCACGUUGCGCGCCAUGAAGCCACGAGUUCUUCUUACUCUUCUUGUUUUCUUCUGAAGCCAAGCCAUCACUCAGUCUCUCACAUUCUUUACGAUUCAGGACCUGUUUUGCCCGCAACAAAUUAUCAUCUUCGGCCAUGGAGAAAAACCAACAAGAUAAGGAAGAGUAUAUGGAUCAGAAGAGGGAAGCGUGCUGCAAAGGAGCAUGUGAAUUUAUUUCAAGAAAGCACCUUUCUGAUGAUAUAAUGCCUCACAUUCUAAACCUAUAUGGAUCCCGUGCAACGGCCUCUGACUUUGAAAUCUACAGUCCAAAUGCUUCCUUUGAGGACCCACUGAUGUGUGCUCGUGGGUUGAAGCAGAUCAAAUCAGCGUUUUAUUCACUUCCCAAGAUCUUUAGUGAAUCAAGAAUUGUGGAAUACACCAUCACAGAAAAUAUGAUUUCACCAGGAAAUCAUGAGAUAAUGAUCGAUAACAAACAACAUUACAAGUUCAUGGGGAAAGACAUAGAUGUGAUAUCACUCAUCAAAUUGCACCUUUUGGAAGGAAAAGUUGUUCGCCAUGAAGAUUGGUGGGACAAGAAGCCUCUUUGGAAUAGAGAAACAGUUAAGAUACCGCUGAUUGGCCGCGUUGUGGAAAUGACUCGUAGGGGUUCAAUGUUGGCAACUCAUGUUAUGAUGGGGUUUGGGAAGGAUCCAUCCACGGAUAUAAAAUAAACUCCGAUAUAUAGACUGACGUUAGUAUAGUUUGCCCUUGGGGUUGUGUAUAUCUUUUCCACAAUUUUAAUCUUGUUUUUAGCUUAUGCUUGCUUUUGAUAAACUGAUAUUAAAAAUGAAAAUCUGGCUGGAGUCAGAUUUAUAUGUCAUGUUUAGUUCUAUGUCAGCUUCAUGAUUUGAUACUGGAUAUUUGGAAAUGGUCGAGCCAAAGUAAUGUAAAUUAACAUUUUAUA